UUUUAAUUUAUAAAAAAAAUGCCAAUAUGAAAGAAAAAAUUAUGAAUUUUACCCAAAUACAUUUUCCGAUUCAAACAGCAAUUGGAAACCCUCAUUGGAGAAUUUACCGGGAGAAUUAUUUUUUUCAUCUUCUGGCCGGCGACUGAUCGGAGAUGGUUUCACCGGAGAGUACCAAUUGGCUUUAUGAUUACGGAUUCGAAGAUAGUUGCGUCCCUGAUUCGAAUUUCUCAGCUUCUGCAUCUGGGUUUAACUGGUCUGUGCAGAAUUUGAAUGGUUCAAGGAAUGUUAGUUCUGAAAUCGAUGGGUCAAUUGGUGAAUCAGAUUACCCCAAGGAAAGUGGUUCUAAGAAACGGGCAAGGGUUGAAUCAUGUGCUCCAACAAGUUCCAAAGCUUGCAGAGAGAAACUGCGAAGAGAUAGGCUGAAUGACAAGUUCAUGGAAUUGGGUGCACUCCUUGAGCCUGGAAGACCCCCUAAAACAGACAAAUCCGCUAUUCUUGUUGAUGCUGUUCGCUUGGUGACCCAGUUACGUGAUGAAGCUCAAAAGUUGAAAGACUCAAACUUGAAUCUGCAAGAAAAGAUCAAGGAGUUAAAGGUUGAGAAAACCGAGCUUCGAGAUGAAAAACACAGGCUGAAAGCUGAAAAGGAGAAGCUAGAGCAACAACUAAAGACUACAAGUGCACAGCCUAGUUACUUGCCUCCUGCUAUACCUUCUGCAUUUGCUGCUCAUGGUCAAUUUCCAGGAAGCAAGCUGGUGCCAAUCAUGAGUUACCCUGGUGUCGCGAUGUGGCAAUUCAUGCCUCCUGCUGCUGUUGAUACUUCACAGGACCACGUCCUCCGUCCUCCAGUUGCUUAACUUGUCGCAGCUUAAUGCCUACAAAGGUUGCCUUCACUGUACCUUAAAUUAAUCGUCUAGUCAAUGUCCUCCGGUUGUAUUAGUUUUGGCUCAACUCCCCUUACUGCAUUUGGCUGAUGAUAGAUAAGUUGUGACUUUGAAACUGGCAACGGUUUAAUGUUUGCUUUGUGUAAAAUUAAAUAAAUUUAACUAUAAACUGUAUCUACAUUUUCUCGGUUCCAUUAGCUAAAUACUACCCAACUUAUAAGAAUUAAUAA